AGAAAAUGCCAAUUAUAAUUGAUAUUUACCAACCAUUUAUCAGAAAUUAUUAUCGCAGGAAGCAAGUUCUACUUUUCCGUUCCGUUUUGCAACGAGAAGCAUGUUUCAUUAUUGGUGGUACCCCUGAAACCAGUGGCUGCCGACAUGGUUGUUGUCGUCACUACCGGUUCCUUGAUAGAAGAGUUCCUCGUUAACGGCAAGGAAACAUCACGUGUGUCGAUAAAGAGCCAGAAAUGCACAUGGAACACUACCGAUUCAUAUUUAGGUACAACAGUAGAAACGUCUUUCUCCGUGGUUCUUUACGUUGAAAUACAGAAAAGCAGCUUUAUAGUUCCUCCUGUUCAAAAUCUUGGUAAAAGCUACACUUUAAUGACGUAUUGGGACGAGACCGUCCAUUCUUCUGAGUCGUGGUUUGUGAUAUCUGCUCCAGUGGAUUCAACCUCGGUUUACUUGGACUCUGCACAUGUAAAAAGGUUCUCUCCAUCUUUCCACAAGACAUGGUUACAUCAGGGCGACGUCUUCCAGUUUGAUCUGAAUGAAGGGGAAUCUGUGUUUGUGCGUUGCAGAUUUGAUCUUUCUGGAAUCAUCAUCAAUGGUAGUAAAGCUUUGUUCGUUGCUAUGGGAGCAAUGGACAAAGACGGAGAAUUUGUUUCGGUUCAGUUGCCGAGUGAUAAGUGGGGCCAAAGAUUUCUUAUUGAUGACGUGGGCCCCAUCAACAUUUGGGGUGACAACAAUACAACAUUGAGUGUGAUAACUUCAGCCAAGGAAGUACAUAUGGAGGUUUACCAGGAUUUUCCAGUCUUGCUCUCUUUACCAGACAACCAAACCUAUCCGUGUCUUCUUCAUUUUUCAAAGCCUGUUUUAGUAUUUCAGAAACUUUUAAUCGUGCAACUUUCUGAAUCUACAUCUAGAACAAAAACCGUCAUUCCAGUACAUAAAUACUUGCAUAAAAGUGUGUUUUCUAUUGAAAUAAUGAAUAUCUGUUUUCCUGAACACCUUCGUUUUUCUUUAAAUGAUUCGAUCUUUAGAGCAGCAAACAUUGCAAACCAAACAAUCGAUAUAGAGGAAGAACGGUUCUCAAGCGCCAAGAUUGCUUACUAUAAUUCCGAUAAUCAAACAACUAUAAAGGAAUUACGUAGAAAAUAUUCGAACAUGACAACUUUUUCCGGCUACUUAUUUUGUAGGUUUAGCCUUCCACGCUUUUAUCCACAUCCGGCGCUCUGGCACGUAUAUCUGUGUAAUACAAGCAAAGACGCUUGGUGUGAUGGUUUAAGGGAGAACGGACCAACAUUAAUCCGGAUGAUGCACGAUCCAUACAUAGCAUCGUCUAUUGCCUCUGUCACCUUUUCACUCGUGUCUGGUCUUGGGGCUGCCGUUGUCUUCGUUGCACUAGCGUACCUCGCAGACCAGAUCAGAACUAGAAUCACUGGAUCAAGCCGCAUUGGUGUCGUUAUUGAAUAGCUGCACUCAGACUAAUGAAGGCCGUUUUACAGUAAAUGUGUACACUUGCUUGCAGACGAUUUAUAUAACACCGUGAAUUUUAACAACUUUGGCGUCCUACGAAUGCAUGCAUUACAAUAAAGUUAUAACAAAUAUACAUUUCGUCAUAAAAUGAUUACAUUUAUUUUUAUGUUCAGCAAUAUUUGUUUCACUUAUAAAUCAUCUUUAAAAAAAGGGCAAUAGCAAUAUCCAGGCAUCAAAUCUGAAUUUUAUUUCACAACGAUCCAGUCUGUACCACAUUUCGCUCAAAUAAAAUAUUUUAUACGCUCUACUUC